AUGCCGUUGUCAGAGCACACCUCGAGCAUCCCUUGUUUGUCCAGAAAGCACACGUGUCCCUUUAACUAUUGGCAGCUGAAGACCUGUAUCAACUGGUGCUGCUGGUACCUCAAACAUCAAUGUCGUGAGUUAACUGUAACGUGUUUGUUUUUUAGUGACUGUGUGCGCCUGAAGGCUGCUGACAUACAGCCAGAUAUCUUCAGCUACCUCCUCAACCUGAUGUACACAGGCAAGCUGGCACCCCAGUUGAUAGACCCUGCACGGCUGGAGCAGGGGGUCAGAUUCCUGCAUGCCUAUCCGCUCCUGCAGGAGGCCAGCCAGUCUGUGUAUUCACACCCUGAGCACAGCAUCAACCUUUCCACCUCCCUCUACGGCAUCCAGAUCUCUGACCAACAGGUGGCGCUGGCAGCUCGGUUGCCCACUCGACGGCAGCUCUCCUCACCGUUUGACAUGGAGCACCUGAGCUCAGAGGGGAAGUAUCCGUCCACGGCAGCUGCCACAGCUUCGUACGCAGAUUCGUUACCGUCCAAGCUGGCUUCCUCACCCCUUGGUGUGGAGGCUUCGACCAGCGGCACCAAGCCUGCAGUUGAGGAGGGGGGAAUGGACUUGCUGACCGCGGAUGGUUCCUCAGCCAACGCCAUCCUCCAUGUGAAGCCCAGCAUCAUGAAGAGGAAUUCCUCCUUUAGGAAGCAUUACUCCUGUCAUCUGUGCAGGACCCGAUUCACCCAGAGAAGCCUGCUGAGAGAGCAUCUCCUCCAACACACUCAGGCUCUGCAGCAGAUACAAGCUGAAUCCAGCAAUGCACUCUCACCUGUCAUGACUGCAGAGCAUAGCCUGCUCGAGUUAGAGGGGGUCCUUAAGGGAAGCAAGGCGGGGUCAGGUGCCUCAGCUUGCAAUACAGCAGUAGAGAUAAUCAGCGACAGCGAGCAAACGCCUGUUUCAGGUACCAACUCGGACUCUCCCCGAGCAGAGGUGCCCACCUCCAGCUGGGGGGUGGGAGGAUUAAAUUCUCAGGCAGACACUCCACCUCCGUCGGACAUUGCGGACAUCGACAACCUGGAGAGCGCCGACUUGGACAGGGAAGUGAAGCGGCGGAAGUACGAGUGCUCCACCUGUGGGCGCAAGUUUAUUCAGAAGAGCCACUGGCGUGAACACAUGUACAUCCACACGGGCAAACCCUUCAAAUGCAGCGCUUGUGGCAAGAGCUUCUGCCGGGCCAACCAGGCAGCCCGCCACGUGUGCCUGAACCAGGGGGCCGACACCUACACCAUGGUGGACCGACAGAGCAUGGAGUUGUGCGCCGCAGGCGACGACAGCAGCCAGAUGGAGGCGAUGUUCUUGGGGUCGUCAAAGCCUUACAAGUGUAACAUUUGCGCGACGACCUUCGGCAGUCCCAACGAGGUGAUCAAACACUUGUGCUUCGCCCAAGGCGGAUUAGUGGGGCUGCAGGGAAACACGGGCGCAGGGAUGCUGCUCCAACGUGAAGAGUUUUCCAAAGAUGAAGGCUCUGAUUUGUCCAACUCUGGAACCCCAUUGGAACCCAUAAAGACUGAGGAAAUCCUCGUAGAGUAGUGCCAAAACUGUGUAUUUGUCAUUUUUAACAUGUAUGUGUAUUUUCUAAAUUAUGGUUAAUAGGUAAGAUAAAGCUGAAGUUAGUCAGGGUAUGUAUGUUGGAGGCUCUCAAUCUACUAAAACAUUUUUUGGGGGGGUUUCUUUAGUAAAUUUUUUUUUUGUUUUGGCCCAGAGUAUGACAAAAACAGUAUUUUAAAUAGUAAAGUAAUUAGCCUGUAGCUCUCUGGAGUUAAGUCCAACGUCAUUAGAAAAGCAAAUAACAUUAACAUUUGAUCCGAGGUUAAGUUCAAUGAUGGAGACGUUCAGAUUAUAAUUUGUGUACAUCGGUAUUAGACUCUCACACGUUGGGCUGUGGCACAUUGAGCUACCAUUGUGGUAAGGCUACACAGGCGGACUUUGAAUUUAAAAGGAAGAGGAAGCAGAGACUGUUCCGGAGGAGACAGCUGCUUGUGAGAUGAGUUGGCUGUUGCUAGAUUUGAGGAGGAGAAAGAGGUGCCAGCUACUAACAAUCCCUCUGGAGCUGCACAGAGCCCUUUCUUCUUGGUCAUAAAUGAGAUGCUGAUUCUGCACAUCAGGAAUAGAUUAUAAUCCAGCAAAAAAGCACACAAUAUAUUCAGACCUGAGACAAUCUGUGCUCUUGUUUUUUUGAAUAAAUGCCUAAUAUGCAGGAAAGUACAUUUGUCUUCCAUUCAUGUUUUUGGUUGGCGUUUUGGCUCAGCAGAAUGAAUACCUUGACAUGUAAUGAACAUCAUUUACAUCCAUCUCAGCUGCCGUUUUUAGUUGUUUUACUCUGUGUUUUUUUUUUUGACUGAUCAUGGUUCAUAUGUCAUUACACCAUAUUAAAGCACAGUUGCUCUUCAUAAUAAGAAUUUGGCCACUGAAAGUUGGUCACAACAAGCAAGAGUUGUUGUUGUGUUUACAGUUGAGCCACUUUGAUUCUUUACUCAUUCUCACUUGUGUUGUAUCACUCUUUCACAAAGCAACAUGUUCCAGUCAGACACACGUACAUUGAUGGGAGGCUGUCCUGUACAAUAUUGUUCAUCUUGUCUUCAUAUAAUUUGCUAAAGGCCCUUCAUUUUUGUUUGACAUGCUUUUCUAAUUUUAUAUACAAUGCUAUAUUUACAAAGACUAUUUUAUAUUGCAAAAGUUACGUGUGUAUUUUAAUUGACAAAUAGCCUUCAAAAUAGGAUUACAUUUGGUUUUGCUAAAGUUUAUAUAUUAGGGAUGGGCAUGAUAAAUUUAUCUUUAAUUUCUUCAAGAAAUAGGUUAAAAGGGGUUAUAAGUAAAAGAUUGUUUGGGAGUCUCUUCCCAUUGCCAAAUUUGUGCUAAUUGCUUUCUCUAAUUCAUUUUGUGCAAAGGGAAACAUUUUCUCUGUAUCCUUUAAAACCGUCUGACAUGUAUAUUUUUUCUUUAACUUUGUCCAAAUCAGAAAAGGAAGAAGUAGUCAUUUAUAGAAAAAAAUACGCAGGUAAACCUGGUGUGAUGUAGAGGGAGUAGAGUUUGCGUGCUCCACCUGUCAGUGUGGAGGUCAUAUGAACUCAGGCAUGGAUGACAGUGUGACACAGGGAGAGUUAGCUUUAAUGAGAGGCUGUUAGCCAGAAAUAUAGUAUGAUCUCUCUCUCUCUCUCUCUAUAUAUAUAUAUAUAUAUACACCUAUCUGUCUGGAUACAUAUGUGUUAAUGGGAAUAUAAAAUAUGCUAUUUAUUAUAACUUACAACAACCUUGAUUGUUUGAGAUACCAGAAAGACGUUUUAUGUACUACUGAUGACUGGAAAUUGUGAAGAAUUCUUUACAUACAUGUUCAAUUAAUGUGUAGCAGUUAUAUAAUUUGUCAUGCUGAAACAUGUGAAAUGUUACAGUAGCACAGGUAGCAUAAUACAAGUUGUUCAGGAACAAAAUCUUCCAAUUAGGCUAACUACUCAACUAUACAUAUCAUGGAGAUUAUUAUUUUUCAUUUGUUUUUAUCCUUACAUAUUUGAAUAUUAAGAUGAAGUUAUUUUAGGAAGGCUUGUAAAACUGUCUUAAUAUUGUUAUUGUUCCUUCUAGUGGGAAAUAAAUUCUACGUUCCAUUGUUAUUGCUACAGCAUUGCUUUUUUUUGCUGCGAAACCUAUAAAUUGUUUGGUGAAACAAUCCC